GCUUCAAUCCGCGUCCGCUUCAGUCUGACAGCGUCUGUCGCUCGGCGAACUUCGAAUCUCUGAACACGAUCCCAAACCGAUUCGAUCCGAUCCAGGUUAAGCCACGAUGAGCUGUCCCUACGCUGGAAAUGGAAACGAGCACGAUGACUCCGCCGUGCCACUGACCACGGAGGUGGGCAAGAUCUACGGGGAGUACCUGAUGCUGGACAAGCUGCUGGAUGCCCAGUGCAUGCUGUCACAGGAGGACAAGCGACCGGUUCACGAUGAGCAUCUCUUUAUUAUAACGCACCAGGCCUACGAGCUGUGGUUCAAGCAAAUCAUCUUCGAGUUCGACUCCAUACGGGACAUGCUGGACGCGGAGGUCAUUGACGAGACCAAGACCCUAGAGAUUGUCAAGCGACUCAAUCGAGUUGUUCUCAUCCUGAAGCUCCUCGUCGACCAAGUGCCCAUUCUGGAGACCAUGACGCCGCUGGACUUUAUGGACUUCCGCAAAUACCUGGCUCCCGCCUCCGGCUUUCAGUCGCUGCAGUUCCGCCUGAUCGAGAACAAGCUGGGCGUGCUCACCGAUCAGCGGGUGAGGUACAACCAAAAGUACUCCGAUGUCUUUAGCGACGAGGAGGCCCGAAAUGCCAUCCGUAGCUCGGAGCAUGAGCCUUCCCUGCUAGAGCUGGUGCAGCGCUGGCUGGAGCGGACGCCGGGCCUGGAGGAGAGCGGAUUUAAUUUCUGGGAGAAGUUUCAGCAGAGCGUCGAUUGUUUCCUGGAGGCCCAGGUCCAGAGCGCCAUGCAGGAGCCAGUGGAGCUGGCCAAGAACUAUCGCCUGAUGGAUAUCGAAAAGCGUCGCGAAGUCUAUCGCUCCAUCUUCGAUCCGGCUGUGCACGAUGCCCUGGUGCGACGCGGCGAUAGGAGGUUUAGCCAUCGGGCACUUCAGGGCGCCAUCAUGAUCACCUUCUACCGGGAUGAGCCGCGCUUCAGUCAGCCCCACCAGCUGCUCACCCUGCUCAUGGACAUUGAUUCGCUGAUUACCAAGUGGCGAUACAAUCAUGUGAUCAUGGUGCAACGCAUGAUUGGAUCCCAGCAGCUGGGCACCGGCGGCUCCUCUGGCUAUCAAUAUCUUCGGUCUACCCUCAGUGAUCGGUACAAGGUCUUCCUGGAUCUGUUCAAUCUGUCCACGUUCCUGAUUCCCCGCGAGGCCAUUCCACCUUUGGACGAGUCCAUUCGCAAGAAGCUCAUCAAUAAGAGCGUGUGAGGUGAUUGCAUUAGGAGUAGACAUUUUUUGUUAAAUAUAUAUAUAUAUUUUUUUGUAUGGCAAUAAAGUUGAUUUGUUUACUUA